AUUUGUGUAUUGUCCCCCCGACAACGUCAUCUUCAGCGCGCACAAGCGAGACUAGUGAAAAAAAUCUAACAAAACGUCUACGGGAAAGUUAAGAGUGUUGAUAUAUUCCUGUCAAAAUUUUCAGCAAUGGUUCAUUAUCCUUACAUCCUACUCAAUUGUAACGUGUAACCUAGUGAUCUGUAAAAUUAAAUGGCCACGAGUUUUUCUUUUAAAUUGAAGUGGCAGUAGAAAAAACAUAGUGAAACCUACACCUACAAGGCUACAUGAAAUUUAAGGUUAUUAUUUGUUAGAAAUUAAAACCAUGGAUCCAAGGGGCCCUCAAAGAGCGGGGGCCCCUGUAAACCCAACUACCAUUACAUCAACAAUAGCAGACGUUGAUAAAUCCUUACUGGAUACUGUUGUUGAUGACAAUUGGCAUGGAAUUGGUAGUACAGUUAAAAAUAACAAUCGUUUGCUGUUUCUCACAGUCGAAUAUGUGGACGAUAAUCAGUCGCGAGACUAUUCAAAAAUAUUUUCACCAUAUGAGCAGGUGUCUUUUUAUUCACCGAGAGCUCCGUCACCGCUCUCGGAUUUCGAGCACAGUCAAGUGAGCCCGCUGGACCCCAAUAUGAGUUCAACGGCGAGAUACUCACCUACGCCAGUACCGCAGCUUCCAUCUCUAUCAUUUCCAAACUCCGUAGUCGUUCUUCCUGAUCCACCUUCCCCACUUAUUAUACCAAGCGAUGGUCAUGCUAGGACCAAUAUAAAUAACUAUAUUUCUAGUCACAAUAAUACUAUUCAAAAUGUAGUACAAUCCGCUGACAAUACAACCAUGGAUUUUGUCAACACUGAUGUCCAUGAAGAAACUCUGGUAACUAGUGUUAACGGAGAGUUGAUUUUAAUGCGAGGACCUAAUGUUGAAUUAGAGUCUACGUCAUCGUCUUCGUCCUCGCGAUCUGCCGACACUGCUGCAGCCGGUCCAUUGAUGCUCGCGGAAAUUCCUGAGACUGAGUUCACUUUGACGAGAGACUUUUUGGUGAUGCACGACGUGGAUCAACUAAACGUUGUUAAUUCAUUGGCUAGUCAAAGUGGAGGAAUAAAAGAGGAGCAGAUAAUUAUUGGUGAUCAUAUGAUAGGCGAACAUCAAACAAAAUUGCUGGAAUUUAAUAAUGACGAUCCAGUAAUCCCACAGGAACAAGUUAUAGGAAAAAUUUUAAAGAAUAAUAUCGAAUCUGCAAAAAUAAUUCCGAGUGUUCCAGCUUCUGGUAAAAUAAUACUGAGGAAAAAUAAAAAACAAAUUCGUAAUAAAACAGCAUCAGACUAUGAAGAGUGUAUCUCCCCGGCUUGUCUAAAAUCUGGUGAAUGUACUUGUCGAAAUGUUCGUACAAUUUCUGAUCAACCUGUACCAUCGAGAGCGGUAGCGACUUUGCCUGGGUCUUAUCUUGCAAUAAAUAAAUUGCCAUCAACUCCAGGUAUUGGUGAACCCAUCGGCUAUUGUAAUUACGGAGUAUUUGCUAAAAGAAAUAUUCGGCAACGUACUCAAUUUGGGCCUAUUGAAGGAGUAUUGUAUCCUUACAAUGGACAGUCUUUUAAAAAUGAUCAACUACCUUUGCUUUAUGAGACAAAUGAUGGACAUUUACUAAAAGUUGACGUAUCAGAUGAAAAUACUUCUAAUUGGAUGCGAUUUGUUAGACCGGCUUUAACUUAUGAUGAACAAAAUUUAGUUAUUUGUCAGCAAUCUGACGGAAUUUUCUUUCUCACUACUCGUAAUAUUUUAUCAAAAGAGGAAUUGAAAGCGGGUCCAAGUUCACAGUAUGCUUCGCGUCGUGGUUUGACUAUACUUGAAUCUGAUUCAUCGUUGAAAGACAAAGAAAUACCUCAUGAUGACAAUAAUAUUAAUGAGUGGCAGUUUUCGAAUUGUGAAGAACCUUUUAAACCCGUUGAAAAAUUUGAGUCUUUAGACAUUCAAUACAAUGAGAAUGGAGCGGAUAUCAAACCAGAUUCUGAGCAAAAUAAAUCAAAUUCACCGACAAACAACAAGAAAUUAUUAAAAGUUGUUGAUGGUCAAACAGUGCUGUAUUCUUGCCCACAGUGCACAAAAGUAUUUCCUCGGAGCUAUAGUUUGAAGCGUCAUAUGCACAUGCAUCUUAGUUCUAAAACUCCCCAAAAGUAUGAAUGUUCAACAUGUGGUGAAAAUUUUCUUCAUCCUUACAACCGAAGUCGACACAUGAAAAUAUUUCACAAUGACGAAACGCGAGAGAAAGAAAACACUUGCGAGAGUUCCAGUGAAUAUAAAUGUAAAUCCUGUAAUUUGACUUUUAAAAAAUUGUCUCUGUUAAAUAUUCAUAAAUUAAUACACGAGCAGGAUGCAAAUAAAGAUGACGGAUCUUCAACAUCGUCAUUGUCCUCGGCAUGUCCGCAAUGUGAAGUUACAUUUAACGCUUGGCACGAUUUAAUAAAUCACGUUUCUUCAAAACAUGGCCGUGUUAAGUUACCAAAAGUAGCGAAUACGUCUAAAGUAAAUAAAAAUAACAACAAUAAUAAUAAUCAGGUUACUCCACCGAUAUACAAAUGUACAAAGUGUUAUAAACGUUUUGCAACACGAGUUCGUCUUCAACAGCAUUUUUUAGUCCACGGCGCAGAGGAUCAGAAGCCGCUGCCGUGCAAUAUCUGUUGCAAAAGAUUUAUGAAUAAUUCGGCGCUGUCAUGUCAUUUGAAAACUCACCGACAGGACAAGCAGUUGUUUGAGUGUCCGAUGUGCCGUAAAUUAUUUAACCAAGUUCUGAUGUUAAAGGAGCACAUCGAGACACACAGAGGCGAGGACGGUAUAUUUAGUUGUCCUCACUGUCCACGCACAUUCACCAAGUACUCGGUAAUAAGAAAACAUAUCAAAGCACAUCAUUGCGAGCGAAAACACAAGUGUCAGGUUUGUUCAAAAUCAUUUCCAACAAUAGACAAAUUACGUAUGCAUUUAUUGCGUCACUCGGAUCACAGGGAAUUUCACUGUGCUAAUUGUGGAAAACAAUUUAAGCGAAAGGACAAAUUGAAGGAACAUAUGACGAGAAUGCACAAUGCACAGAAAAUAAAACGGGAUCAAUUGACAACACAGAGUAAUAAUAAUAAUAAUAAUAAUAAUAAUAAUAAUAAUAAUAUUGAUAAUAAUAAUGUUAAUGAUAAUAAUAAUAGUCAGGCGAAAAAAUUUAUACCAAAAGUAAAUCCGACGGAUUACAAUCGAUUUAUUUAUAAGUGCCAUCAAUGCCUAGUGGGUUUCAAACGACGAGGUAUGCUUGUUAAUCAUUUGGCUAAACGGCAUCCUGACGUUUCACCGGAUUCUAUUCCCGAGUUAAAUUUACCCAUUUUGCGACAAACUCGUGAUUAUUAUUGUCAGUACUGUGAUAAAGUUUACAAAAGUAGUAGUAAGAGAAAGGCUCACAUUAUGAAAAAUCAUCCUGGAGCAGAUUCGGGUUUGCACAAUUCUACAUUCAGUCAAGCUGUUGGAAGUGUUUCGACAGUUCCGCAAAGUUGUCAGUGGUGUCAUAAACAGUAUGCCAGUAAAGCAAAGUUACUACAGCAUCAACGUAAGAAACAUGCAGCAUUAUUAAAUCCAGCUGAUAAAAUUCCCCGUCCAAGAAAUCGUUCUUCAUCCCAACAAAAUAAUUCAUCAACACUUGAUGACAAUAAUUUUAUUAUGUCUGAUUAUAUACAAGGGUACGAUACUGACGUCGAUUUUAUUAAACCUAAAAUGCUUAAAAUGUCUGAGGAUACUGAUUUUAUUGAUAAUGAGGAUGAUGAUGACGGUGACGAUGGUGAUAACCACAAUCUAGAGCUCGCUGGCGAACAAUUUAUUCGUAUUUGCGAUAUACGUUGAAAUAAUUAUAAUAUUUCUACGUGACAACGUAGAAUUUUUAUUAAAUUUUAUCGAGAUAUGAAUCUCGUUAUUUUUAAUUCAGCGCUUUGUUGUUGUACGCUGAAAAAAAAAGAUUCAUAAGAGUUUUUGCUGCUCUUAGGCAGAUUACCGUCAUUGCCGCUGCAUGUUCAGCUGAUAUCAAGGCAGAAUA